ACAGACCAGGCUAACUAAGUUCCGUGUCCGAUGUACAAAAGUCUGUUGAAUUCAAUAAAUUAAUUCUUUCAAUUGCCGUUACGCAAAUGGGCAGUUCAGAUGGAGGUCUCCCGUUGCCAGUGAUGCAGUUAUCCAUUACGCACUGAGUUGGCGCUGUUGCGAAGAUCGGGGGCGGAACCAGCUGCUGUGAUACCUCGCCGUUCAGCAAAGCGGAGCUGCCGCUUACCUUUUUUGAAAACUUUAUUAAAGUCACUGAGCGCGGAAUAAAGACCAAACACCUUUUCGAUCGAUAUGCGUUAACCGUGGACGACUCACGAACUCUAAGACAGAGGUGGAAAAGCAAGCAUGAAGCGGAACAACAAGCAAUGGGACAUCAAGGGUGCCACUGUGCUAGCAGGGGCAUUCCAUUUCCUGUACUACUGCGGCAGAGCCUGUCUGAUGCCUUUCCUCACCCUGUACCUCAGGCACCUUGGACUCAGCGCCUACAUGGUUGGCAUCGUCAUGGGCACGAGGCACCUUAUCUCUCUGAUAUGGCGCCCCCUCUCCGGCUUGUUGGCCAAGCACCACGACAAGCAGCGGACGGCAAUCAUUGGCUCGCUGGUCUGCUCUGCUGGACUGGGCUUGGCUUUCCUGCUCCUGCCGCCGGCAGGGGAGGUCACUGGGGUAGCAGGUGUCUGUAAUGCCACCAGUGCCAUGUCAGCUGAGCCCACAGUGGUCUACACCAGCAGCAGGCAGCCAGGGAGCCACUUGACAGCCCCGCCAGGGAGGAAGGUCGCUCCUGGUGUAACCUCUAAAGCCAGACAGACCACUUCAAACCCCCAGUAUCAUACUGGUGGUGGUGGUGCUGCUGCUGCUGCUGGUGCUGGUGCUGCUGGUGGUGGUGGUGCUGGUGGUGCUGGUGCUGGUGCUGCUGGUGGUGGUGGUGAGGAUACUGCUGCUGCUGUUGAGGGUCCUGCUCCUGCUGCUCCUGAAGCUCCUGCUGCUGUUGCGGCUCCUGCUGAUAAUGAUAAUCUUGCAGGACUUCCUCUCACCCCUGCUCCUGAGAACCGUAGGCAGCAUGAGAGCACUAGGCCCGGUGUCUCUGGUACUCUGGAGAAAGCAGAGGAGGAGCACCAUCAAUCAGUCAUGGACCACCACGAUCAUAAGUCACAAACCAACAUCACAACACGCAGAAGAACUGCCAGGUCUGAGAAGCAACAAAAAAGUGUUGAAGAGGAGAAAGAGGAGGCAACUCAUUUUGAGUUUCUUGGCAGCCUGAAAGCGAUGGACGCCACACACCAGCUCUUCUUCCUGACUCUGUUCGUCGUGGGGAUUUGGGAGCUGGCGGCCGCCCCUCUGGACUGGAUCGCGGACGACGGACUGUACGAGUACCUAGACAUUGUGGACGCCACCGACCACUACGGGCGCGUGUGGAUGUGGAGGCUCCUGGGAGGGGCGUGCGGCGUGUUCGCGUCCGGCCUCCUGGUCUCCAGUCUGGACUGUUACCUGUUCGGAGGGGCCAGCGUGCCUAGAGCUGCCAUGCAUUUCUUCCUGUACGCUCUCCUGAUGCUGGUGACCAUCCCGGAGGCCGCGUUCUUCCCGCUGCACCUCAACCGCAAGCAGGCCAUGCGACGGAGAGGAGAGGCCAGCGGCGUGGUCAAGGCUCUCCGGAUGAUCCGCAACGACUCCCGUGCUCUCCUGUGCGGCAUCACCGCCUGCCUGGUGGGAGCGGCGGGCGCGGUGGUGGAGGACUUCCUGCCCUGGCAGAUGCAGGACCGUGGGGGAGGGGAACUGCACGUGGGGGUGGCGCUGGGCCUGGGGCUGCUUGCCCAGGUGGCGUUCCCCCCGCUGGGGCAGAGCGGGCGCGUGGCCCGGCUGCUGGGCCCCCACGGCCGUCUCCUGCUCCUCGGCACGGUGAGCCGCGCCCUGCAGUGCCUCUACUACUCCUUCCUGUUCGGCGGGCCGUGGGCCGUGCUGCCCGUCCAGGCGCUGGACUGCCUCAGCGUGAGCGCCACCUGGUGGGCCAUGGAGGCGCAGUGCCACGACGCGGCCUCGCCAGGAACGGAGCGCACCAUGCUGCGCAUGUACCAGGCCCUGGCGCUGGACCUGGGCGCAGGGCUGGGGAGCUUUGUGGGGGGGCUAGUCGUGCAGAGGUUCGGGGUGGCUGUGCUGUUUCAGGGCAUGGCUGGGGGGCUGGCACUCUGGUGCCUGGUGCUCGGACCUCUACAGUGGAAGAUCCCCAAGCAGCGGAGGAUCAAUUACUCACGCCUCCUGGCGGCCAACGUCAGCGAGGGGAGCGACUCGGAGUCAGAUGCAGAGAGGGACUGGCUGGAAAAGGCCAUCGAGAGAGAGGAUGGCAACAACAAUAGUAACAACAACCACAGAAAUAAUGUCCACCGAUGAAGACUGGAAUAUAGCAGCUUCUCUAUUCAGAACCUCAUACAUGUGAAAUAUUUAUGUUUUUUGUUGUUUAAUUUGUGCAUUAAUUUAUGUGAAAUAUGUUUGACCAGAGAAGGAUUUGCUGUACUAAGUGGCUAAUGAUUAAUAGCCAUGUGUGGAUGUGUAACUCACUUUUCAUAUGCUGUUCCCUAUUAGGGUCGUUAUUUAGGUAAGUGUGUGUAAAAAAAAAGAGGAAAUAAAUUAUUAUGUUUCUUGA